CUAUGAAAUGAUAUACCAAUGUGUGUGAGCCGAGCGGGGCAUGCUGGGUUUCUUUUUCUUUUUCCUUCCAUGUAUUGCCAUAUUCAUUUACUGCGUUUUCAUUAUACUGGCUGCCGCUGCUGCUGCUGCUUUGCUUGCUGCUGUCGGCCAAUGAUACGGGAGUUCCGAACUUUUCUUGUGUUAUAUGUAAGUUUCCAAUAUAUGCGAAAUUUUACCAUAUUUAUCGAACAAAAGAUGUGUAUCGCAUAAAUAUACAUCAUCUUAGGCCCUCCAAGUGACGAUGGAAGCCAUCAAAAGAUUGUGUAGUUAGCGUGUAAAUGAUGACUAACACAACUACCACUACUUUUUCUACACAACGUUUUAUUAUUCCCAUUAAUCAUGGCCACACGGAAAUCGCCCUUCAUGCAUUCGUUUCAGAACCAGACGAAACAUCCUUAAAUUAUUCCAACAAGUUCCCGCUGCCACCACUUGUGAUACUAUUCCAUGGAGCUGGCGGAGAUCAUUAUCACUUUGACACUGUUCUGCCUGUCCUUGUCCGAUCUGGUUUUCGAGUGCUGACAUGCGAUCUGAGGUACCAUGGCGAAUCGCAACCUCAACAAGAUAUCCAGGACGACGAUGACUUGGUCUUUAAUAUGCAGACCUUGUGCGACGACAUCCAUCAUGUUCUGGUAUGGCUCAAAAACAACAAGCAUCAAUCAUGCAGCAGCGGUGACCUUAUCUUCGGUGGGUUGUCCAUGGGUGGCAUACUGGCUCAGACAUGUGUCGACCAGCCAACCAAGUGGGAAUUGCUAGGAUACACGUUGCGAGGUCUGAUUGCUAUAGCAACACCGUCGAUCCACAUGGUGUGGCCACGGAUCGCAUGGAUGGAUGUGUAUCGGAACGCAGAAUCGAUCGAUCCGGCUAUUCUUCAGGCAGCAAGACAAGCCAUUUCCGAGUCAGCCGUGCAUGAUGAUGCCAAGAAAGAAGCUGUUCGAGCCAUGGCUUUGAUCAGUGACAAGGCCUUAUUUCAGUGUCUACGUUCAAGUGCUGAUGCAUUGCCUCCGGUGCCUACUCGAGAACAAGUCCCUGGAUUUGAUGGGCAUCCUAUCCGUUUGCGACAACUGCUGAUCACGGGUCAAUCCGACGACCAUACGGUCAAUGUCAUGUCGGCGUGGAAAAAAUUGAGCGAUGGUUAUCAAGGAGAAGGAAACAUCGAUAGUGUGUUUGAAGUCAUACAAGAUGCUGGUCACAUGGUGCCGUUAGAUCAAGGAGGUUUAGUUGGAAAUGCCAUUGUAGAUAUGUUUCGAAGAAAUUAGGAUGGUAUACGGGUCUUCAUUUUAAUAAAAUGAUAACAAGUUAUUCUGUCUUUUCUUUCCGAUUUUGUGCUCGAGAAAGUAGAAUGCUGCCUGUCAAAAUAAGACUUGCGCCAAUCCACCAUCCUAAUGCCAAUGGUUCGUCGAAUACGAGAUAGCCUAGUAAUGCCUGUAUACAACAC